CGACUUGAAGAGACUUGCCGGAGUGGUGACUCUCAUCUGCUCGAAGAUGAACCCACUGUGGACCCUCCUCUUUGUGCUCUCAGCCCCCAGAGGGGUCCUGUCACAGGUGCAGCUGCGGGAGUCGGGCCCCAGCCUGAUGAAGCCCUCACAGACCCUCUCCCUCACCUGCACGACCUCUGGAUUAUCAUUAACCAGAUAUGGUAUACACUGGGUCCGCCAGGCUCCAGGAAAGGCGCUGGAGUGGGUCGGUGAUAUAAGCAGUGGCGGAAGCACAGGCUACAACCCAGCCUUGAAAUCCCGGCUCAGCAUCACCAAGGACAACUCCAAGAGCCAAGUCUCUCUGUCACUGAGCAGCGUGACACCUGAGGACACGGCCGUGUACUACUGUGGAAGAGACACAGUGAGGGGAAGUCAGUGUGAGCCCAGACAAAAACCUCCCUGCAUAGGGGCCCGUGACCACCAGGGGGCGCUCAGGACUCAGUACAGAGCUGAGCCCUGGAGCAGGUGCAGAAGAGGCGUUGGGCGGUGGGGGCCUGGGGGGGAUUCUCCUCAGAGCUUCUCUUUCUUCCUCCUGCCCAGGAGCCGCACCGCAGACCCUCUUCUGUGUCCUGAAGGCACCUAUGGGGAUCCUGAGAUGACCAGGGUGAAGAUGCAGGAGUCGGGCGCAGAACUGGUGAAGCCCUCGCAGAUCGUCUCCCUCACACAGGCAUCCAAGAACCAGUCCUCCCUGCAGCUGAGCUCUGUGACCACUGAGGACACAGCUCUGUGUUGCUGUGCAAGAGACACAGCCCGUUCUCUGGACAUUUGGUGUAAGCUCGCUAAGUGCACAGGAGAGGCUCUGUGUGACUCGGCAGUGCUGCUCAGCACAGCAGGGCCAGUGAACGAGCUAGCCAGCGGUCAGCAGUCAUCAGCCAUAGUUCUCUCCAUGGAGACGCAGCGGGAUAUCCACACCAGCCUAUGA